UUCGUUAUCGAGGGGUGUGUGUGUAUCAUAUCUGCGUGCAUCUUUUUUGGGUUGGAAGACAAAAGCCCUAGCUAAAAAUUUCAAGAACUCCCAUAGUAAAAGAGUUUCUUUUACAUAUAUAUAGUGAUGUAGUUUGUGCUGGCGAGAAAUGGUCUCUCAAACCCUACUGAUCAAAGCUCGCAGACAUCACCUCGUUCCCAUGUUCUGCCUUCGGAGGCUUUUUUGCGCUGCCAAGGAUUUUUGCUUUUUGUUGGUGGUGUUGUGUUCUAUUUUCAUUCUUGUCACAUGCAAGCGAUCUCCCGUAAAUGAAGUGCAAAGUCGGCUGGAAUUCGACGGAUGCAAGCCAUAUAGGGGAAGUUCGGAUACAAACUCUCUAGAUGUCUUUGAUGGCCAUGUUAGUUCAGAAUUGGUUUCGAGACAUUCUGUUCAGCAAUACGGUGUUGAAAGCAUAUGUCCUCAUUCCAAUGCAUUCUGCUUCCCAUCCACAGUGACUGGGUUUUUGCUUAAUGAAGAUGGAGCUGAAUCAGAGGCAUCGGAUGCUUCUAGGGUGCAAUCUGAAGGUUUUUCAUCUGGUUUGACACAAGCUAAAAGUAACUGGAACUGGUCGCCAGAGCAUGGUAUCUUCAGGUUGUUAGGUGGGAGGGUUCUUUCAUGUUCUUUGUACCAGCCAGAUGAUUCUCAUGAAUUUUCAUCUACUGAUGGUAGCACCAAGAGUGGCCGACAAACUGAUGUUUCGUCUUGCAUAAGCACAUUAUUUGACCAUUCAUCUCACAGUUCAAAAUCAGAGGAGAAUGCAGAGACAGUCAAAUCAGGCUUUUUGGAUGGCUUGACUACACCCAUGGUGGAAAUAAAACCUUCUCUGCUGGAUUGGGCACAGAAGAAUAUGUAUUAUCCAUCCCUAGCCUUUUUAACAGUAAAGAAUGUAGAUACCGAUGGUGUUUUGAGUAUCUAUGCCCCUUACAGUAGCAACUCACAGUUUUAUCCAUGCAAUUUUAGUGAAAUCUUGUUGGCUCCUGGGGAGGUUGCAUCAAUAUGUUUUGUUUUUCUUCCUACAAAUUUAGGCCUGUCCUUUGCUCAACUAGUUUUACAGACUAGUGUUGGCGGGUUCCUGAUUCACGCCAAAGGCUUUGGUGUUGAGUCGCCAUAUUUAAUAAAGCCUAUAAGUGAUCUUGAUGUUUCUUCUAGUGGAAGGUGGAGAAAGAACUUAUCUUUAUUUAAUCCUUUCGAUGAAGCCCUCUACGUGGAGGAGGUAACUGCUUGGAUAUCCAUUUCCUCGGAAAAUACUUCUCGCUCAGUGAAAGCUAUUUGCGGCAUUCACAGAAUGGGAGAUUCCAGUGAGUACAAUAUCUUGCGGGCUAAAGAGUGGUUGGAUGUUGAAAGUUCUGAAGGUGGUCUACCAAAAAUUUCCAUAAGACCACAUAAAAAUUGGGAGCUUGGCCCCCAAAAUACAGAGACCAUUUUGGAAUUGGAUAUUUCAGAUAGUUUUUCAGGAACAAUUGUUGGUGCUUUCUGUCUGCAAUUGAUGAGAUCUUCAGAGAACAAGACCGAGAAUGUUAUGGUUCCUCUUGAAGUGGAGUUGUAUCCAAAUCCAGAUUCAGAUACUGACCAUGUUUCGGUAUCUCUGGAAGCACUAGUUCCGUGUGAUACCAGUGGAUCUGUUGUUGUUGCUGUCUCAGUAAGAAAUAAUUGCCCGUGUGUGUUUAGUGUUGUCAAGGUCAGCAAAAUAGGGGAAAGUACCCAAAAUUUUCAAGUCAAGUCCAUAGAAGGACUCGUACUUUUUCCCAGGUCUGUUACACAAGUAGCUAUUCUUAAUUAUGCUCAUUUGGAAACGCUUGAAGUAAAUAGGAACUGUAAAUUACUCAUACAGAUAAAUGACACAAGACGUUCCGAGAUAAAAAUCCCUUGCAUAGAUGUAAUCAGUGUCUGCCCACGACAACUAGACUCCACAGUUGGACAUGCCCAGUGGACCGAUAAUCUAGAUUAUGUGAACGACAGAGAAAGAUCUUUCAGUAGCAGCAUGCAGCCACCUUAUGAUGUCAAGGCUGUAGAUACAAGAGAAGCGGAUGAAUUUGUACUCAGAAAUUGGAAAUCUCAAGGAACAGCAAGUUUCAUGUCUGUUCUUGAUGACAAUGAAGUAGUAUUUCCCAUGGUUCAGGUUGGAAAUCAUAGUUCCGAGUGGGUAGCUGUCAGAAACCCCAGUGAAGAACCAAUUUUGGUGCAGCUUAUUCUGAAUUCCGGGGAAGUCAUCGAUAAGUGUCGGACACCUCAGAUGCAUUUACAACCCUCUUCAUCUCGUAUUUUGAUGGGCAAUAAAUCAAUUGCUCCAACAAGGUACGGUUUCUCCAUAGCAAAAGAUGCACUGACGGAAGCUCUUAUUCAUCCUUAUGGUAGUGCAUCUUUUGGUCCAAUCCUCUUUCAGCCUUCCAAUCGCUGUGAAUGGAGAAGUUCGGUCCUGAUUAGGAGUAAUCUCUCGGGUUUAGAGUGGUUGUCUCUACGAGGAUUUGGAGGCUCACUUUCCUUGGUGUUGCUUGAAGGUUCUGAUCUUGUGCAGAGUUUAGAAUUUAAAUUGAAAUUGCCAUCUCUGCUAAAUUUUUCGUACCCAGAAACCUUUCACUCCAUGGAAGGCAAGAUUCCCUCCUGCUGUCAUCCCUUGAUAAAACAGGUCUAUGCCAAAAACAUGGGAGAUUUUCCUCUUGAGGUCAUACGAAUUGAAGUUUCAGGGUCAGAAUGUGGUUUAGAUGGGUUCUUAGUACAUGAUUGCAAAGGUUUCUCUCUCCUGCCUGGAGAAUCUAUAAUGUUUCAGAUAUUAUACCAGAGUGAUUUCUCCUCAGCCACAAUACAAAGGGACCUUGAGCUGACUUUGGCAACUGGCAUUCUUGUGAUACCUAUGAAAGCAAGUUUACCUAUAUACUUGCUUAACUUCUGUAGAAGAUCAGUGUUCUGGAUGCGGGUCAAGAAGGCUUUGGUUUCGAUCCUUUUUGCUGCUUCUUUGUUGUUUUUUCUGGCUUUUCUUUUGCUUCCUCCUGUAACAGCCUCCAUACUUCCCAGCUUCCGAAGUAGGAAAAACUCCUAUAUUUUGAGUGGUGCAUCAAACUCUUGGAUUAUGCAUCACAAGAAAAACAGUGGUGCUAUCGCUCCCAACAUGGAUGGCUUUGGAGGAUCAAUUGUGGGGGAGAAAGCAUCGCUAUUGGCAUCUGUCGGCAGACGUCCUGAUGAUCAUGCCCCUGACCAGGGACGCACAAAUCCUUCAGGACAUCAGAAGCUACCGGAAACCAGAUUGGUAAAUCCCCUGCUGUCAAACACUUCACCAUUAGAGAAAUCUGAUGCACAAGAUGCAUCAGAUUCGAGAAGCCUGAGAGUUAGAAUUGGUAAAGAGAAAGGUAGAAGGCGGAGAAAGAAGAAGAGUUCUGGCAUGGCAAUACCUGGACUCUUUGAAGUUUCGAGCAGUCAAAGCGGCAAUUCUACACCAUCAUCACCUUUGUCACCUGCAGCAUCCAUAACACCAAAACCACAAGUUUCUCCUGAUACAGACCAUUCCGCUGAAGCUACAAUCCCAUUUUCUCGGGACGAUAAACAAGAAUGCUCCAGAUCAUCCUCCAAGGUAAAUCUCUUGGAUAAUAAGAUCUCUUCAAGGUUUGUGAACAACUGGCGCUUCUCUGAUCAAGAAAAGUCCAGUGCAAUUGCGACAAGGAAAUUGGCUGGUAGAGCUGUUUUGUUGCCUUCUGCAACCUUUCCUAGUGCCGGUACGGCUAUCCCACCUUCGACAUGCCGUUCUCCAUUCUUGGCUUCAACAUCAACAAUUUCUCCUCAUGCACGUGCUCCUGGGACCAAGCUUCAUCGUCGAAAAGCUGAUGAACUUGGUGAAAAAAUAAGUACCGAGGAAAAAUUUACUUAUGAUAUCUGGGGGGAUCAUCUCUUUGCACUUCCUAUAGCCCACCAAUCAAAGCAGACUUCUAGCACGUCGCCCUGUGUCUUUAAAAACGACUCCGAGAGCUUUUUUGUUAGGGAUCCACAAACCCUCAUGAAAAGCCCUCUGCCAAAACCUGUAAGAUCCGAUUCCGGAGUAAUAAAUGACUAAGUUCUACAAAAGAUUCUCGUCUGUUA